GGUAACAAGCGAAAUCUCGCAUUCAUCUCGCGCGAUUUCUCAAAUAUGAAAGUAGAAAGUCUGCAUGCGAUGACUAAUACUGUGUAGGAUGUUUCCCUGAAGGGGACUUAUUUUGUCUCGAUUUAUAUACACAGGUGUCAUCAUAAUUUGUCAAAGCUAAGACAAUGCAAGAGGAUGAAAUCACUUGAGAUGUCUAUCAAAGCAGAGUGAUGGAUGAAAAUAACAGUAGGCUACAGCCAUUAACACAGGACCUGCAGUCUCUCUUGAGGACUGGGGUAGCACUAACUAGUGUAUCUCAGUGUGUGGAGGAGCUGGUCCUGAACUCCAUUGAUGCAGGAGCAACAUGUAUUGCUGUGAGAGUAGACAUGUCCUGCUUUAAGAUCCAGGUGUUUGACAAUGGACAUGGAAUACAAAAGGAUGACUUAGAAACAGUGGCUGAGAGAUAUUAUACAAGUAAGUGCCACACAGUGAAGGACCUUGACAAUUUGUGUUACUUUGGCUAUAGAGGGGAGGCAGUGGCAAGUCUAAGGGAGAUAUCUGCAGUGUUAGAGAUAGUCUCCAGAACCAAGUUCCUACCACAGUCUUAUUGCAAGAUUUUCCAAAAUGGAGACCCACUCCCAGUUGUUGAAUCAACUGUGCCUCGCCCAAGUGUGGGAACAACUAUAACUAGCCACAAUGUGUUUUAUAAUUUUCCUGUCAGGCAGAAACAUACCAAUCAGAAUUUGGAAUUUGAGAAAGUCCGGCAGAAGUUAGAGGCCAUUGCUCUAGUGCAUUGCGAUGUAUCCAUAAGUCUCCGCAAUGACAUUUCAGGACAAGUGGUUUUACAGACCCAUAAAACUAACUCACUGCUCAGCACUUUCACAAGUUUGUUUGGGGCUGCAAAAUCAAGUUCUCUCUGUGCAAUGGAGGCAGAAACUGAACAUUUUAAGAUUAAGGCAUACUUUGGAAAAGAAGGCAGCUCAAGGAAGGACCACCAGUUUGUUUAUGUGAACAAAAGAAUAGUGCUGAAAACAGAAGUCAGCAAGAUUGUAAAUAGCAUACUAGGAAAGUCUCUGAUUGUGAAAGCCAAGACUUCUUAUACUAAAGCACUACUGGAAGAUAGCCCAACAAAGCAUGUAGACAGGUACCCAAUAUUUGUUAUCCUGUUAGAUUGUGCCUUUUCAGAAUAUGACAUUACAUUUGAACCAGCCAAGACCUUUGUUCAAUUCAAACACUGGGAAUCGUUAAAAGAUAGUUUAGAGAACCUUGUUCAGUCUUUCCUUGUGAAGGAGAACCUGCUUUUGUCCAAGGCAAAUUCCCCAAGCCCAAAGGACAAUUCUUGUGACAAGGAAGAGUUUGAAGAAUCGCCAGAAAUUGCUUCAGUAGAUACAAGUGAUAUAUCCAGGGAUAUUCACACCAGUAUGAUCCGUGCUGGGAUGUCCUCCAAACUGGUAAAAAGAAAAAAAGAUUUUUAUCAUAAAGAAAACAUUGAAUUGCAUAAUAACCAACCUCCCAUGGAAGACACCGAGAAUGGUGAUGAUAUUGUAGCUAGUGAUCCUGUAGGCAAUACUUAUGACUUAAGCCAAGAAGGUGUGAGCAUAACUCAUGGUAUACAUUCACCAAAUGAUAAUGUGGAAGAAAUUCCUACAGGUGAAAACUUGGAGGAAAUGAAUGAUGGAGUACGUUUUGGUAUUGAAAGUGGAAACUGUGAUAAGAACAAUGAUCAAAUACAGAUCUGUAUGGAGGAGGAUGAAAGGCUCGUACAAACACCUUUGACAAACAAAAUAGAUGAAAGGGAACCACCCAGAUUGCAUUGCAAGAAAGUUUGUGAAAGUCAAACAGCAUCAGUAGAUACAGAAGAUGUCCUAGUUGAAUAUGAUGAGGAAGAUCCAUUAAACUUUCACAACACUGGUUCCCCUGCUCACGAUGAAGUGCCUCAGAAAAUCCCAAAGAAAAAAUACAUUUGUAUAACUACUCCAUAUAUUAGUCCAGGUGGAAAUUCCACCCUUUCAACUUUUAAGAAAAGUAUUCAUGGUACUAGAACUGGUAGAAGAAAUUCUUCAGAGAAAAUAUCCCUGGCGGAAAGACUUAAGCAAAGAAAAAGCAAUGGAAAGAGUGCUGAAAACCAUGGAAGGCAUUCAAAGUUACCAGAUGCCAGAGUUCAUGUUCCUGAAGAAGACAGUUCAUCUUGUAAAAGUGAUCAUAAAUCAUCUUGUGAGAAAUCUCUGAGCCAAAAAUCGAGAUCAGCAGCAUCUGGUAUUUCAUUGAAGGACAAUACCAGGAGCAUCAAUGAAAAUGGUACUGUUCAUUUGAGAGAUGAUUCUGUUGACAUAGAGAGAAAAACAGAUAGAACUUUAAAGCAUGGAUUAAAAAAACAUUUGCAAACUCGGGCAAUCGAUUGUCUAAGAUUAGAGGGAGCUACAAGCACAGUUUGUCAUUGUUGUAAUAAGAGUGUGAGUGAUUGUGAUUCGAUACCUAACAGAGGCACAGAGGCCCCUGUUUCAGAAAAUCAAAUAUCCAACUCAACCGAUUCCCAGCGAGAAGUCAAUGUUCGAUCUGAUAUUCAUCAAACACUGAAUCCAAGUUUGGAGUCUGAAAAUGUUUUGACUGCAUCCCAUGAAACAUUGGACAGAGAUAAGAAUGGUAUAAAUCUGCAGCCAAACAAAAGAAAAAAUGUUCAUGCUGCUGAAACUACAUCAUCAAAACUGUCCAAAUUGGCUCAGGAAAAUAGAGAAACCGAACAGAAAAAUGAUGAUGUUUCCUCAAGUACUAGUCAAUCAAGGUAUUUUGGUUUGGAUGAGUUUGCCAUACCUGUAUCUUUACAGAAGGGAUUCCAAUUUAAGAGUGCAAAGCUCAGUGAAUCAACCAAUGAAGAAUCCCGCAAUCUCUCUGGUGAGCAAUAUUCUAUCUCACCUCCAAGCUUUCUGCAGACAGCACAACUUAUUAGAAAUAAUCAUGCUGAAAAAGAAAAUAUAACUCGAAAUGUCUUUGAAAAGAAAAAAUCAAUGAGAUCCAUUGAGGAGUUUGAAAUUUGGCCCCCCAAAAGUAAUAACUCUUAUCAGUUAAUUGACCAUACUGAAGUUCCAACAGUGAAUGAAACUUUCGAUGAAAGCUAUCCAAAUUUAACUUCUCGUAUCAGAGAUCCUUUUAUUGUGGAAAUAGAUGACUUUCACAAUGAUGCACAAUACAAUUCAAGAAAUGCUCGAAACGAAUCUCAGCAAGAAGUUGAAAUUUGUGCUGAAUCAGAAUUGCAGGAGACUGAGUCCAAAAAGAAUGAGUUGGAUUUUGAGUGUGACUUGAUGUGUGAUGAAACACUGGAUGAUAUCGAGACAUCUACUAGAAGGGUGAAGGAAUUCAACGAAGUGAAGCACCGUGAACCACUUGUGGAGGCCUUUUGGAAUUUUGAGGAGUCCCAAGAAUUCAUUCCUACCGAUUUAACUUUUGACUCUGACUUUUCAAGAGAGAUCCAAGAGCCCAGCAGGAAAAAACUUAAUCUGUCCUUAGUGGCUUCUUUGGGUUUUAAUUUUUCUCCUAUAAAUGGCAGCAAAAGUGGAGAGAAUACUCCCAACACACCCAACUCAGACCUGACUGUGCCAACGUUUGAACUGAGAACCUGUUGUUCUCCAACUGGAUCAGAAGGAUUUUCACCUAAUCUGGAUUUACAAAGUCCUAAUUCACAUCACCCUCCUACUCCAGAUAUAGAUUUAUUCAAUAAUGCAGAAAUGGAAACUGCAGUUGAUAAAGAAGAUCACAUGAGUUCAGCGCCAUCAGAAAACCAAGAUACAUGUAGUUUAAAGAUCCUUACUCUAUCAAGAAUCUUGGAAAAAGAAGAACAGAAUGACAGUUUGGAUCAAAGUCCUCCAUGUUUAAGUUGUGAGGAAGGAGACAAUAUUUCUAAUUGGUUUUCACUUGGAUCAAACUGUGCAUCUUGUGAGAAAAAUUCAAGAACACAAAAUGACUUUGUAAAUGUACCUAAUGGAUCAUUGUUAGAAUCUCCAUGUUCCAAUAGCUUAUCUCCACAGCACCAGGCAGAUGGAGGCCAGGAUUCAAACAAACAGUUGACAGAGGCAGAGCCUUUAACAGAGCAGCAUGAAGGCACUGUUUUCACAAGUUGCAUAAGCAGACUUGAAUCUGAAUGUAGCCAGGAAAAGGAAGACAAGCCAGACAAGAAUUUACUCCAGAGUACCAGUGAUCAUCCAGUUUCAUCCAGUCCCGGUGUGUCCAGUCCAUGGUCAGAGCUAGCGGAUGAUGAACUGAUGAAUUUGGAUAUUGACCAGUGCAAGGAAUCAGAUCCAGAGCCUCAAAAGAUAUGGAUUAAAAUUGCAGAUAAAAAGACAGGAAGAGAUAUUUUUGUUAACAAGAACACAGGUCAUACAGUGACAGAUGAGAAUUUGAUCCCUAAAGAAGAAAGAGAAGAUGACAGGAGUAAUGUGACUGAGGCCUCACAGUGUAGGAGACUUGUAAAGAACAGGACAAGCACCUGCUCCCCGUCCAUCACAUCUUCCAUUCGAACAAUGAUAGAAAAACACUUUGAUGCUGACGAUGAAAUGAUUUCUGUAAAAUGGAAGGAUAAAGAAGCACUUGAAGGAGCACAAGGACCAUGUGUAGCAGAUCUCUUUAAAGAAUGGGAAAAUCCAGUGUUUCUCAGACCAGAAAUGGAUGUAUUAAAUGCAGAAGCACCAAAGGAGAGAACAGCGGGAGCCAGCAAGGCUCAGAGAUCACUUAAUCCUUGUACAUUUACCAAAGAGAUGCUCAAAAACAUACAGGUUCUGGGACAGAUGGAUAACAAGUUUAUAGUUUGUGUCAUGACGACACAGGAUCAAGCCACAGGUACAGAGUUGCUGGUUGUGUUUGAUCAGCAUGCAGCCCAUGAAAGAGUCAGACUGGAACAGUUUACAAAAGAUUGUUAUGAGAGCAGUGAGGGGAAACAAUUCAAGUCUUGCAUCCUGAGUCCUCCUGAGGAGCUGAAACUGACUGAGGAGGAUGUCAGGGUUAUGGAGGCCUUUCGAGAGGAAUUCAGCAGGAUUGGUAUUUGUUUUUCAAGGAGUCAGCUGUCCAGAGACUCUGUGUUGAUCAAAGAAAUCCCAACAUGCAUCACCACAAAGGAAGUGAAACAAAGAGAGGGCAUUGUCAUUUUAAACAUUCUUAAGAAUACUAUUACUGAACAUGUACAGUUCCUGAAGUCUACCAAAGGUGCAAAGAAUCAUAUGCCCCUGACGAUUCACAAACUCAUGUGUGGCCUGGCUUGUAGAGGUGCCAUCAAGUUUGGGGACGCCCUGACUCAGGAGGAGUGUGGGGACCUCCUCCAGUCCCUCUCCCUGUGUGACCUCCCCUUCCAGUGUGCUCAUGGCCGACCCUCCGUAAUGCCACUGAUUGCUACGGAUAAACUCACCAACAAAUAUGUCACCAGAAGACCAAAUCUUUGGAAAAUUGCUCAGAAAUUGCAAUGCAAGUAACUUAAUUUAACAGAAUGUGGUAAAAAAAAAUAACACAUUAUGAGUUGUCACAAAUUUUUCCCCAGAGGAAAAUUUAAGAAAUAAUCUAGUCAGUUUUGUUUUAAAAUUGGGAAGAACCUGGAAACUUGUAUAAGGUAAUUUAAUUUUACAAAUCAAUUUUUCUUGUUGGACAUUUAAGUUUCUCUAAACUCAUGUAUAAGAGAUUGUUUAGAUAGUCAGUAUGACUAGAUGGGAGUUCUUCCCCUUUGGCCAAGAUCUUUCUUUUUUCUCAUAGAGGCUUAAGGGUUUUUUGUUUGGUCAUCCUGUGACCUUCAUUGUGAAACUAUAAAUGAAUGAUAUUUGUCAAAAGCCUGUCUCACCAUAACAUUACAAACUUAGAAGUCUAUAUAAUAUUUUUGAGAUACGUAAUAAUGUGUUAAGAUGUAAAAGUACAUCUAUAAAGAAAGAGCUUGUUUAUGAAAAGACUGACCUGAGAGUUUUGAAAAUAUAGUGCCAUUUUUGUAACUGUUGAAUCAUAUCCCCUCUUCCCCCCCCCCCCCCCCCCCCCCCAUUUUUUCAUGACCACCUAUUAUUUGUUAAAACAGGUAUUAUCACAACCAUUUACAUUUACCCAUAAGAAAUGAUGAGCUGCAUGAAAAGUUCAGGGUUUUUUCUAGAAACCAAUCACAUCAAGUAUUUCAAAGCUAAAAGGACUAAGUGCGUAUUUAUGCAUUUUUGGCCCCCAAAAUCAAAGUUUAAGAAAGAGCUUUAAAAAUAAGGUGAAAGAUAGUUAAAAUCAUGUUGGAAAUAAAUGUGUAAAAGGUUAUCACCACAGUGACGUCAUAAUGUAGAAAUGACGUCAUGAAGAUUGCAUUAUUUUUAUAAAUUGAUGAUUUGUGGCAAAAUAUGGGUGUUUUCCAAUGGUUUUUCGACUAGGAAACAUCGAGCGCAGGCUUGCUCAAGUACCAUUUUUUAGUAUAAUGUGUAUAACUCUCUGAAGAAAAACAUAUGUUAAAAUUGCACUUGAGCAGACCUGCGCUCUUUACUUCCGAAUGCAAAAUAUAGAGCAAAAAUGAGAAUAUUUUCAUUUGUUUGCAAAUUUGCAGGAAUUGGGUCAUUUAGGUGACGUCAUAGAUAAACAGCGAAUGAGCAAUGAUGACUAAAAUCAACAUCAAAGUUAUAGAAAUCCUCUAUACAAUGAUUUGUGAAGAUUUUAUUUUUAUAUGAUACAAUUUAAAAAUUGGUUGAAAUCGGGGGCAGAUAUUUGAUCAUACCGCACAUAGUCCUUUGUGUCUCUGAUGAAAUGUUCUCUGUUUAUUUCUUAUGUGAUGUAUGCAGCAAAACGUUUCUCGUUGGUUACCUGGUAUUUGAUAACAUGUAUAAUUUUUGUGCCUCAAAACAGAUGCUAGGUAUUUUAAAAAAAAAAACCAACUAUUUAUUUAUUUAUUUCUUGGAACAUUUUCAAGGUGAACAUGUAUAUUUAAAUUCACUUUUUUCAAAAAAUAUACAUGUACAUGUUUAUAUAUGUACAUAUUUUUUGAAUGUCAGAGGUAAUGGAGAUCGCUUUGUACUGAUUAGUCAUAAGUGAUACAUGAAUUCUAUAUGACAGAAUUAUAGGAUUGUAAUACAUUUCAACAGGUGUGCACAUAUGCAGAAAAUUUUAAUGUUUGUGUAUUUGUUUUUACAUGUGCAGCAGUUUACAUGUUUUUGUACUGUACUUAAAGUUGUUGGCUGCUUUAUGAAGUAGAAUAUUUCAGAUGUAAAUAGACUUGGAGGUAGCACUAUCUCUCUGUAUGAUUUUGUGAACGUUAAGUAUCACUGAUUUUGAGAAUUUUUUUCAUUUGUGUGCUGAAAUUCUUCAUGUAACUUUGUUUUGAAUUUUUUUUCUUGAUAUUAAAUUUGUGUUUGUACUGAUAGUGCUGACUAUUGUUUGAUUUACACACAUGAUUAGAUACUUAAAAUUAAGCAUGGAUUUUGAAUUUAUUCUUUUACAUAUAUGAAUGGCAUUUAGCGAUGUGCUUGAUUUAGCAGAAGUGGCUUUUUGCCAAAAAAUUACAAAGUAUAACAGCCAAAUGUAAUAUGUUUACAGUAGUCAACGAGAAAACUUAUACUUAUCCAUUAGUGUACAUCGAGAAGGUUUUUUUCCACACCAGAGAAAAUCAUUUAACAUUAAGAUCUAGGGUUUUCAGAACAUCUGUUCAUGUAUGUAUGCAUUUUUGAAGUGCACUGAUAGGUAUCUUGUUAAGAUAUUUUUUAAUAUUUUGUUUAUUGUAAAUCUGUGAUUACAAUUAGGUAUUAUUUAUACAAUAUUGCCUUAAUGAUUAAGGGUAAUUCAUAUUUAGAAUAUAAAUGAAAAUCUGUAUUUACUUAAUAGAUUCUAAAUAUGUUUUUCUUGUUAUAAUAGUCAAAUAUUUAUUGCCUUUAUUAUUGUUGUGCCUUAUCUAGAAACUUUAGCAGUAUAUAGCAUACAUUUAUUUUCAACUUUUUGUCAUGAAUUUGUCCUGAAAGUUACAUCAGAUAUAUACAUCUCCAUUACACACUCAGAAAAUCUCCACCCUUCGUCUCAUUGCCAAAUACUCCAAGCAAUAAUUGCUUGAACAAAGAACAACUCAAAAUAAGCUGGAGGUCUUGUGGCAGCUAUAAGUGUAGAAAUACAUGUCGGUCAUUGAAGUGCUUGUUAAUUUAUUCUGAUAGAUUUAUUGCCUGUUAGUGCUAUAAAACUUUGGACUUGUUUGGAGCCAUUUUAAUGUGUUGAUUAAUGUCAUGUUCAUUUAGCCACACUUUGCUGAUAUAUGUUAAAUGUAAAGAUACUCUUUACGUAUGCUGCUUACUCUUUCAAUGGGAAUUAUUUAUACCAGUUAUUCAUGAUGUCACAGAGUGUAAUGCUCCAAUUAAUACAUACGUAAUAGUUAUGAAUAAGCAGGUUACUAGUAUAGAGUUCCUCAGCUUUGGACAGGUGCUUUGUAGGCAUUUUUUGCAAAUCUGCAUUAGACUUUUUUAAAUCCCAUUUUCAAACAUUAACUUUGAGGGCAGCUUAUUUUUGCUGUAUAAAAUUUGAAAGGAGUUGCCUUUAUUCAAUGUCAUCUGCCUAAGUCAGCUGUUGUUUUCAUUUUUUUUUUUUGAUUUUGGUUUUUUACUGGUAUGUUGUUGUAGUUGGAGUAUAAUACAUGUAUAACAAUAACAUCUUUUUAAAGCAUCAUCUGCUGGAAUACUACAUUAGAUGUAAACUGUUUUCAAGAAGUUCUGCAUUUUUCAUCCAAUUUAAUGGUGGCCUUUCCAUUGUCAUUCUGUUUGUCAUUCUCAUUGCAAGUUGCUUUCUUAUCUGAAUCUUUUUCCACCAUCACAUCAGCUGGUACAUCAAACAAAUCCCUGAUUGUCAGUUGUUCAGUUUUAUUUUUCAGCUAGCUCAAGAUGUAUAAGUACUAUGUUAAAUCUACCCUUUGAUACAAUUCUUAACUGUAUUUUUACAAAAAAAUUCUAAAUAUGAAGUAUGUAUGGUGUACCAAAAUGGCAAAAAGUCUCUUAUAUUUUUGUUCAUAUUUACACACUGUAGAGAGAUACUAUAACUACUUAAUAUAUAUAGUUAUGUCUGGUGUUGCACUACCAUGCUGUGAUAAAUAGUACUGAUGCCAUGACUGUGAUAUUUGUACUGAACAAUUCAUAAUAUUGUUUUCUGAACAAAAAACAUACAAGUAACUGUCGCUUCAAUAAAAUGUGAACAAAAAAGACAACUACAUUGUUUCUUGCUUC